AUGGAGAAAAUCACAGCUCAGAAUACACGUUCUAGAAGCUUGCAGAAACAACCAUUUUCCCCAUGGAGCUCCGAAGAGGCUUCAGGCACAGAGGCAGCAGCUCAAAGGUCGGAGGCCCACAACGAUGUGCAGCUGCUGCAGCCUUUGCCCCGGCUGGAGCUACCUGGAGAACUGCUUAAGCAGGGUAGAUUUGCCUGGGGAGAGCCUAUGGGGCGGAGGCAGGGGAGAAGUGAGAGGCGGCCCGGCGGGGUGUCGGCGCUGGCGGCGGAGGGGGCGAAGCGCGAGAGUGAGCCGGCGGCUGAGAGUGGGGUCGCGGCGCCAGCUGGCAGCGGGCCUCCUCCCGGUCCCCGGGCCCGGCGGCGCAGCGGCGGCCCAGUUGUGAGGAGGCGGGAAAGCGAGUGUCCGGCCCCAGCCACGGAGGGCAUGGACGUGGGCCCGGACCCUGGGCAGAUGCAGAAGUUCAGCUGCCUGGGCACCGCCGCCAAGGACGAGCUCAUCUCCGAGUUCCAACGGUUGCUCGGCUUCCAGCUCAACCCGGCCGGCUGUGCCUUCUUCCUGGACAUGGCCAACUGGAACCUACAAGGAGCAGUUGGCGCCUGUUAUGACUUUGAGAGCCCAAACAUCAGUGUGCUGUCUGUGUCCUUUGUUGAAGAUGUCACCGUAGGAGAAAGGGAGUCGAUAUCUCCUUAUGCUCAAUAUAUAAAAACAUGGCGGAUCCAAAAUUCAGAUGUCAUCUGGGUCAUUCGUAGUGUGGAGGUGGGCGGACUUUUAGGAGUAACGCAGCAGCUGUCAUCUUUUGAAACGGAGUUCCACACACAGCCACGUCGCAAGGUAGAAGGAAACUUCACCCCGUUUGCCUCUCCCCAAAAGAACCGACAGUCAGAUGAAAAAAAAGACCCUGGGGGUUCCGGGUUCGACUCAAUCAGCAAAAACACAUGGGCUCCUGCUCCUGACCAAACCGAGCAAGAUGAGAGUAGACUCUCACAGAACUCUGUAAAUCUGUCCCCCAGCAGUCACGCAAGCAACUUAUCCAUGGUGACUUACAGUAAGGGGCUCCACGGACCUUACCCCUUCAGCCAGUCUUAA